UAUAUAUGAUCAAGCAAGUUAGCUUCACCAUUUAUAUCUCAUUCAGUUCACGAACUUAUCUCUUUCUCAAAUUAACUUCCAUUUCUUAACCAUCGUAUUAUUGAAAGGCAAAGAUUAAUCGUAGAAAAUAAGAAGCUAGAAAGCAUGAGGCAAGCAGGAGCUUAUUCAGGCAUACUCUGUGGUGGAAUAUCUGGGAGAACCGGGCCUCAUUUGUUGCCCUUGGCUAGGAUCAAGAAGAUCAUGAAAAAGUCUGGCGACGACGUUAAGAUGAUAUCUGGGGAGGCUCCGAUUGUUUUCUCCAAGGCUUGCGAGCUGUUCAUUGAGGAGCUUACGCAAAGAUCUUGGUUGGUCACAAUGCAAGGCAAGAGGAGAACGCUUAACAAAGAGGAUGUUACCUCAGCUGUUUUGGCUACUGAUAUAUUUGAUUUUCUUGUCAACUUGGUAUCUGAAACCUGAAACUCUGUGGAAGCUACUUCUUUGGAAAUGGAUACCUUCAAAUCAUCAUAGGCUUCUCUCUCUUCUUCCA